AUGGACAACACGAGAUCUCCUGUCAAAACGAAAAUGCUAGUCACAAAAAGAAGUCUGGCCAGUGCAGAAACCGAGGAUCUGGUACCCGGCAUCGCUCGUACAGCCUACGCAAAGCCCUCUCUCUUCCGUCGGUCCAACCCCGAUUUGAUCUCGGAACUGUCGAACUUCUUCAGAGCCCCCAACACAGAACACGACGUCGAUGUCAACGCAUGUACUGCUGAUCCGUCCUGCGUCAUAGAAUUCAAUUCAGACCGGAGCCCAGCAAUGAUCACGCUGCGUCGCGCGACGACUACGAGAUCACGUAAACAGACUUCGCUCACAUCAUUCCCGCCACCCAAGUUCAGGCGGCAUGGCAGCGGACUGCUCUCGACGUUUUUGAAUUCGAUCACCAGAUGCGACGAAGUCGUCAGCCAUGACAAUACGGAGGUAGAUCGAACGAGGCAGGUCGUGCAGAAGCCACGUACAGCGUCCACAGUAAGCAAAGGAGAUAUUCGGCCGUCGACCUGCGCCGCUGCUCCACCUGUUCAAACCGAAGUCGUCACGGUAGAACCCCGGUUGUCGUGUUCCGCACCAAAUCAGUCAGCCGCGCCCAUCCGCCGGUGCUCGACACGCUACAUUUCGAACAAUGUGGUGUAUGAAAUUAUCUGGGACGAGAAUUCUACUUCGAGUAGCUCCGAUGGGGAGCUUCCCAACGUCUAUGGGCAGGCGUCACUAUUCCAGAGCCAAGAUCUCACUAAGACAGAGACAUUAGAGCGACGAUUGUCGAAAACUCUGUCACAGUCACGACGAGAGUCCCUUCAGGGGGAAUGGAGGAACAAGAACAGCCAUGCGGCCAGCAACGUGUUGUCUAUGCAAAGCCUGUGGACCAAUCCCAAAAUUUCCAGGCUCUUCCGCGAACCAGCUUCAAGAAACCUGGGUCAAUCUUUGGCUUCCAAGCGUGGCGAGAUGUUCCCCUCUUCAUUGACGGACGUGAAUGUAGACGUCGACCUCAAGCUUGGAGCCCCUAUAGGAGCAUCCACUAACGGUGUCGAGUUCUUCCCUCCUCUCCAAAGUCGGGCGAAUACCAACGGAAGUGAUAAUUUAUUGUCUCCGUGGACUGCAGGGUUCAAGGAUAUUUGGGGAGCAGUUGGGCGGCGAGACCCGAUCCCAUGUAAUCCGUUUGAAGAAGGCUCCGGGUCAGAGAGAAUCGCGACCAUGGAAAGCAUUGCUUCCGAGCCCUACCGCCACAAGCUUUAUCCGGAAGUUGAGAUUGUACUUGUUCUCAUCGGCCCCCGAGCCAUAUUCGCGACCGGCUUCCCGCCAUUCGCCAUUUGGGUUCCGAUGGACUGGAGCCUUUCAAAGGAACCGAGCCAGAUGUGGAAUCUGGAUACGAAACGAUUGCUCGUUGCCAACCACCACAACACCUCACUUCCCGACAAAGUCUCCGAUCCACAUGUCGAUAAUAAGACCGUGUACUGGCGCUGGGUGAGACCCUCAGCAAUACGAGCGGCAGUCGCCAACUCGCGGAGUAAGGAAGAGGAGGAUACCUCGAGUGAAGACGGCCUACUUGAACUCCCACCUCGGCCCUGGCGAACCGCUCGAGUCGCGAAAGUUGCAGACAAAGCCGCUCCGACGCACCGAUCACGGGUUGACAUCCCUGUGCCCAAUACUCCCGAUUCAAUACAAGUUCCAUCCUCCGCGCCUCAAUUUGUUCUCAAGAGACCGGUCGGGUUCUUCCCAUGGACGGGGAAACACCCGGAGGACAUCUUAAGCGACAGCAAUGUUAAGAACGGCUAUUUUGAUAAACCUCCAAACCCCACUGAAAAGGAACUCAACACCGCGCGAGUCCCGCUCUACAAUGCCUUCAAACACAAAUCUGGCGUGGACAGUUUAUCCACUCUCUUUUCUCUCGUCUUGAACCAGAAGAGCCAACAUGGCAUUAUCAGCUCUGUCUCCACGUUUAAGCCGCCUCCCCGCGUUACCUUGACCGAAGCGAAACGGAAAUCGUGGAUAGCCGAUCUAGCCAAUGCGGACGUACCCUUGAGACGAUUGAGCAGGACUAUCCCCCAGGGUAUCAAGGGCCAGACUCUUCUAGAUUUAUGCUUACAAAGCUCAGUCCCGUUGAGUCGUGCGAUAUGGUUCGCCAAAUGCGUCUGUGCUAAUGAGGUUCGCACUUUGAAGAGGAAAGGCACCACUCCUGCGGUGGCUCUGGGUGCCGAAAACAAAUGGCUUCGCGAAUGGACACUCAACGUGGAGCAAUUUUUGGAAACCUACCUGGGACAAGCCAACGCAUCUGAUUGGAGAUCAAACAUUCAAUACGCAUUGCGGUUGAAUACCCGUCUCUAUUUAGAGAACCUGCUGGACCGAGGUCACUACUUGGAUUGGAUUUUGCACUCCUUCACUACAGCAGCCAUCAGCCACACGCCUUUCUGGCUGAUGGUAAUCCAUAUUUACAAGCAAGACUUGAGCCAAUACCGAAGACGAGGAGCGAAGCUCGCCCAAGCACUGAUUGACAAGUACCGUUCGAUCGACAAGCUCUCAGACCAAUCGAUAAGUCCAUUGAGACAGAAGCUGCGGGCGGCAGUCCGCGAAUUAUUGUUCUCACGCCCCGCUAUCUUCUUGAUGCCAGAUCGCUGGCCUGAGAGUGUGCCAAUUGUUCAAACCUGCCUUGAUACAACUAUCGGUCCCGAAGGGCUGAUCCUCGAGGAACUCAAUCGCAUCAACGAGAGAGCAAUGGGAUUCAAUAAGACAGACUUCUUGUCUGUUCGGUCCCCUAGCGAAAUCAUUGUCGAAACUCUCGAUAAGGCCAGGGUGCCAUAUAAUGUUGCUCUCCUUGCAAAAGAACUAGAUGAAACCUCUACAGACUUCGACCUCCUCCUGCGAUCGUGUCUUGAAUGGUCAUGUACGCGAUUCCGACAGUCCAGAACCCGCUUAUAUCUGGUCACUCGUUUGGUCAAGCGGUGGCAACGAGGCGGUCGUGACAUUGACACACCUAUCCUCAAUUUUCUUUCCGCUUUUCGGGAGGGCAAGACGACCGCUGAUACCUUGUGCUUAAGACACCUAGUUGCACAGUUUUCCCGAUCUGAUUGCUUUCCGCUUAGCAAAUACUUGCAAUGGCUGAUGGUGAGAGGCCUUCCAGAGAAGGGAUCGGUCUGUAUCGACACUGAGUCUAUCUUUGGCCGAACAGCAAAGGUUGAAUCAUACAGGGACUUUGCGUCUGUUCAGUUUCUGCUCGACCUGUCAUUGCACCGAGCAGAAGACCACGUCAUCAACUUACGGAAUUCGGUUCUUGAACGCGCAGGUUUCGAUCCCGGCGCAGAAGAGGACAUUUUCGAACGGUGUGUUCAGUAUCUUGAGCAAAAGCUGGCAGACGCUAGUUUCGUCACGAAGUCUGAGCCACCAACUCUGCAUGAACCUUCUUUUGCGGCGUUGCCAUGGACUCUUCGAACUAGAAUAUCUAUGUGGUUACGAGCAAGAGCUCUCGAAGCGGCAAAAUCGGCACAAAGCACUCCUAUGUUGCCUGGGUCCAAGGUUUUGAAUGAAGAACAGUUCUUCAUAAUCCGUCACAUUCUCGAGUGCAUGGAAGAUGAGGCGGUCCUUGCAGAUGUGGUCGGCAUUCUCUCGGUAUCACAAAGGGAUGAUCUAGUGGCAUCUCUCGUCGCCACCGUUCACUUCCAUGCUGGUUCCUUUUCCGCCAUCGGGGCUCUUGAAGUCCUGCAAAAAAGGAUGUGUCAAAUCUACAUGAAUUGGCGAUCUACUAAACCGACGAUGCCGCUACUUACUUCGACUCUCUUGGAUCUAUGUACUGCUUUUCCAGUCAAAGCACCUGCAAUCAGAUUGCUGCAACAGGACCUCGUUCGAGGAGACCGUGGGCGUGCAGUCGCAGCCUGCUCACCGUAUAGUGACGGCAUCGCGGAGUCGUUGCAGCAAGCGGGUGCCACCUUUGUGGAGGAUUUCGAGGCGAUCCUGCAGUCGGAGACCAAUAUGAAUGAGCAAACCAUGAAUGGCCUCUUCUCGGUUUUGGUGGAUCGCAUUGAAAAGCAACAGAAAUUUGAAGAUGAUCCGCGCACCUUGCAGUCAUUCUGCCAACUUCUCAGCCGGCUUCGAUUGUGCCGUAAGGCCCAAGGAGAUCUGCUCACUCAGAAAUGGAUGUCACAACUCAUGUCUUGCCUCGACUCGAAAUCCGGUCCUUCAUUUCUUCGAAUCCUUGUGGCGACGGGCUGCAUCACAUUCGCUACCAUUUUCGAAGCCACGCCUGGCUACAAGUCCGGAGUACGGAAGAAUUUGGCAGUCGCUUCCUUCCUGUAUCAAAUUCUCGCCCCGCCCAGUUCCACGUCACUUGACUGGGCUGCGUACCAGACUCGGACUAGGUGGCACGAAUACUCGCUGAAAGAACCACUGACGGCCUUGGAAAUCGUAUGCGAAGCCGGCCUGCAAGGCGUAUCGCCAACUUUUGACUCCCUGCUUCUGGUUGUGCUUGUCAACAGUUGGUCGCCAGACUCAUCUUCCUUGCCCGAAUCCGCCAAGAAAUGGUUCGUCAAGUCACUUAGUUACGCACUGAAUUGUUCGGAUGGUGAUCUAAAUGCGACUGGUCUUCAAGCUCUGCUGGAAUCUAUCAACGUCUUUUCCCACCGAUUUGUCCAAUUGCGAUUCCGACUUGCGUCCCCAGCCUCUGUCGACAAGGCAUCUGGACUGGAUGAACCAGACCUGAUCGAGGUACUCUCACAGUCAUUGAAACAGACUCUACGGAACCCGCCUUCUCCAUACGCAGGGCACCGGCAGCGGUUCUCACAGCUGUUUCAGAUUGUUGGACCUGAUGUAGCCAACCGGGUCCGCCACAAUGUCGAGAAUGAGUUUUUGUAUGCCUUGCCGAAGCUGCUGGUCGGCAAGGUGACCAGUCCACUCUCAGCGGUGUUCCCUGACGAUACACAGCAGCUGUCUGCAAUUAUUGAGCAGGCGUUCCAGGUGUGCAGGAAAGAGACCAGCCCGAGUCCUGGGUUCCUGUCGCACCUAAUUGAUAGACUUUCACAACAUCUCAAGUAUCUGGGUAACACGCACAACACUCCGGCUACACCUGCCGCUUCGGCCACGACAGCCCCGACAGGCUUUCCGGGACCUAGCGGGUCUUCUACCACUAUGACCCAUUCUCAAAUGGUGUCCAUGUCAUCCAGUCCGGUUGCCAAUACAUCAGAUGUAGGAGGUGGCUCUUGCCCCCCCGUAGGCUUGAGCUACUUGAGAUGCAUACUACAAAUGGUGUGUUUGCAGCGUCCGACAUUAAUCUCGCCAGGCUCCAAUGGGGCCAAUGUCAAACAGACGCAGAACGAACAACUUCAACUGCUUGUACGACUGGCAUCUAUAGCAACGCACCCAGCCAUGGCUCUGGUGACGGGACAUCAAGGCACUCGGGAAGAGCAGAUCAAGGCAAAAGAGGUGAUCGAGUUCGCAUUGGACGUGAUAGCAACCAUUAUCGACGGCGUCAGUGACGAGGUCCAUUUGAUGUGCGCAAAGGUAUUGAAAGACAAGUUACAGGACACCAGGCUCUGCUACUUGUUUGGCAGCAUCAACCUGAUGGGAUCAGCACAGGUGCAAGACAUGGGCCGGGGUUUGCAGAUGGUCAAAGAAGGCAAAGGCAUCAUCGGAGAGUGGAAGCCACGAAUGUGGGAAGUUUUGGAUAGUGGCAGCGGUAAAGAGAGUGAAACGUCUUUGGGACUGGGUCUCUUUCGAGCCCGAUAUGGAUAA